CGUGCAGUCGUGGGACCGGAGAAAGCAUGGCGGCGCGGUGAGAGGACGGAGAAGGCACAACAAAGCCGACUUUCGGACUAAAAACCUAAAUAUAAGUUAAAUGUGAGGGAACUGCGCGAGCAGGUGCCAAAAAGAAGCACUGUGAGAUGCAUAUCUGUGGUAUUUAAGCAUGACAGACAGGAGAACUGCGAAAGAUGGCCCCAAAGAAAGUUGGAGUCGAGUGUGUAAACUUUCCCAGGACAAAUUCAAAGCCCAGAAAUACAGCAGGGGCAGAAAACAGCCGCAGUCCCCGCUGCUGGCCACCUCACUGUCUUAUCGGAAAGACUAUGAUACCCCAAAGCAUCGAUCCAGGAUCAGAUUUAAAGGCAGCAGCACUGGAGAUUCACCAAGUGAAGCUGAAGCUUUGCAAGACAUCAUCUGGGAUGCUUCCUCACCGCCACCACUGUGCAAUGCAGGUUCCAGAUUUGUGGAGAUAUCUGAUAUCGUCAACAGGAUUGCACCAAAUGAUGAAAAACCUGUGAACAGGGAUUUGGUGCUUCAGUGGAUUGGAGACAGUGCUGUGCCAUGCACUCCAGAGAUCCAGCAGCCCAGAGGUCGGAGGAUCUCUGCACGCCGGCAAAGCAACAAUGUAGAGGACCUCAUGAAACUGGCUAAGCAGUUUGACAUAAACAUGACGCGUCAGGACGAAGAGAGGCACCGGGAGAGACUGCAGGAGGGUAAAACUGCAAACACUUCUGCCGGCCAUGUAGCGUUAGAGAGCGUUCAGCCUUCAACUGGAGCCGGAAAUUCAGUUCCAGUCAAAUCUGAAAGACUGAGCCAUGAGGAGGAGCUGCAUGCUCUUUUUGAUGGGCCUACCCAGUACGUGAGUGGACGGCUGAGCCCUCCAUCAGUGUCCUGUUCACCAGAGAGCACUACUGAAGGAGCAUCGCUCAGUGCAAAGAGACCAGGCAGCACUGCAGACAGCAAGAACAUUGGUGAAGGUGCUGCUCAGCUACCGAAACCAGACUUCGAUGAUGACUGGGAGAAUGACGAUCUGCUCAAUGACUCUUUUGUGCUGGCCAUGACUCAGAACCCAGAGCUGCUGAGCUUAGCUCCAAAGAGCAGUUCUCCACAGACAGUAUCAAACCCAAGCACUUUAGGGCUACGACCAAAUGCCCAUGUUAACACUGGAACUGUCCAACAGCUGCUCAAAUCAAAUCCAAUCAGCCCUUUUCUGCUCAAAACAGAGGCACAAAACUCAUUCUGUAAAUGGCAGCAGGGAGGUACUGCUGUUCACUCUGGUGGAAUAAAGACAGAAGAUGAAGGCAGUUGGGGUGUAGGAGCCAAACAAUCAGGUAGUUCAACUGCAGCGUCAGGGAAGGAUUGUAAAACACCAGACUCAGUUUGGGGUGAUGGAGAUGAUGAUGAUGAUCUGCUGUAUCAGGCCUGCGAUGAUGUGGAGCGAAUCUCAUCCAGUCAGGAGGAGCGACAACAGAACAGAAGUGCCGUAAUCACAUCCAACAAAGCAUCUUCAGCACCUUCUUCAAAAGCUACUACUAGUUCUACAAAUAUCAGUGUUCACAACAAGUCCAUUCACCCAGGCCAGACCAGUGAAAGCAGGCAGCCUGCACGUAUGUUCGGACGUUCACAUUCAAUACCAGGUGCUUCAAGCUCUUACGGAAACAAACAGAACUUGCAUGAAACCACACAAACAAUGAAACGACAGUACCAGUUCACCCAGGUGAAGCAUGUCUCUAAAGCUGUGCUCAACCCCCGGUGGAUCACAGGCACUUCACAGGAAACCAGGCUGCACAGCCCAUCUGCAGAGAAUUCCUCCAGCUCCCACCACUCCACAUUCAAGAGACAUCAGUCUGAUCCAGUGGCUCUGAGCAACAAAGUGUUUGUUGCAGCUCAGCCUGUUGUAAAGUGCACCGCUGCUGAGAUUGAGAGGAAGAAACAGGAAGCGAUAGCAAGAAGGAGGUCACGACUGCAGGCCAGCCAGAAGCCUGGAGCCCCAGUAUAGACCACCAUGAAGAAACCCAGCUUCUGGAUUAAUAAUGGGUGAUCUAGACCAGCUUUAGCUCAAAUAUCAAAACACUAAAUAAUCUUUUAGUUUUAAUCCAAAAAUCUCUCAGAAAUAAUGAUACAGAAAUGCUCCUUUAGAAUCAGGUAGUUUUUUUUUUUUUUUUACUGACGUUCUUCAUUAGAAAUGCCUUGCAGAGGGAUGCAGAUUAUUGCAUCAGGCUGUUGUUGUGUUUCUGCCUGUGAGUGGCAGUAAAUAUUUAAAUCUGUAAAGUAGACAAGCCACUGUGGCUGUUUUUGUUUGGACAAUAUAUUGCUGUUUAAAUGUAACUAGAGGGUUUAAAGGAGAACUUCGUUGGAAAAUUGAUUUUGUUGUAGUAAAACAGGAUAAAAAGUACUUACCUUUGAUGAAUAGCACACCUCUGUUCUCCCGCAGCUUUGAGAUACAGUAAUUUUGUAUUUUUGUUUGUUUUUUACAUGUCUGUCAUUAUCAGUACCAUGAUAGUGGCGCCGGGAGCUAAAGCUAGCUUUAUGGGAUGUAAACAGUGGUUUGCAAUAAUUCUUGUACACUUUUUAAGUUGUUAAUGCUUCGAUUUAAAUGUCAGGGCUCUCUGGAUUCUAGCAAGGAGGUGUGGAGCUACUUUGAGCCUGGAUAAUGGCGUUAAAAGCAAUUUAUCAGGGCAAAAAAAAAAAAAAAGCAGGCGUUGUAAAGAGUGCAGGGAAAAAAGCACAGAAACAGAGGUGUGCUAUUUAACAAAGGUAAGUACUUUUGAUUAUGUUUUGCUGCACCUAAAGUCAGUUUUACACUGGAAUUUUCCUUUAAAAAGAAUAAAUAACUGACUGUAAAUGACCAUUAAAGAUGGUGGUUCCCCCUCUAUUAAAGUUCAUAAAAAAUA